ACAAGGAAAGGAAGCGGGAAAGGAUUAAUCGAAACCUGUUUUGAACUCCCUCUUUCUUCUCUUUCCUCCCCCACUCCCCGUAAACAAAGCUCCACCAUUACCCACACAUUUUCUCCCAUUUUCUCACAUUUUCCCUCUCAUUUUUCUCGGCAACCAAUCAAAGCCCCAAAAUUUUCGCCUUCUCUCGAACCUUUCCUCCCAGAGCUCAAAACUUUAGGGUUUCCAAAUGAGACUCCAACGCCGCCACAAUUCGAUACGCUCCAAUUCGCUCGACGCAGAAUGAGUAACGGUAAAGACGACAACAAUGGCGGUGGCAACGGCGGAGGAGGAUUCCACAGGGUUACAGCAGAGCGUGACCCAGAGUCGAAUUGGGAAGUAGACCUUGCGCACAAACUCGAGGACUAUUUGUUAAAGAUUUGCUCCGGCGAGAUUCCUACCGGUGACGACGCUCCUAUUCCGGUCAAUUUCGCUGAAGCUGCUUUACUGCUUCAGGGUUCGGUUCAGGUGUAUAGUCGAAAGGUCGAAUAUCUCUAUUCGUUGGUUUUGCGUGCUUUAGAGUUCCUUUCUCGUAAAAGGCAGGAAGAACAAUUAGAGGGGACACCAGAUCAGCCUCAAGAAAGUGCAGCUGGUUCUAAGAAAGUUGCCGAUGAAGAAAAUGAUUUGUUCUGGGACUUAGAUGAUAUACCAGUGGAAGCAAAUAUCUGCUUAGAUUCUACAUUGGAUAGAGACGCUUCUUUGAAUUGUUUUGUGAAGGCCCCAGCAAAUCUAGUUGUGUUUGAAGGUGAUUGCUUAGAUAGUGGUGGUGAUGCCGGGGAAUUGGAAUCGUAUCUGUUGGCCACCAGUGAUCUUUUUCGAGGCUUCAUUUUAUUAGAUCCGUGUGAUGCAACCGCAGUUCAUGAGUAUUUGGAUGGGGAUAAAGAUGGUAGAGGGAAGAACAGUGCUUAUAAGGGAAGCAUGGCUCACAAAAGCUUCCAGUCUCCUACUAGACACUCUGGGGAAGCAUCUUAUAAGUCAUCCAUUAGAAAGAACCAGGAUGCUAAUAUCAAUCUGUCUCCACUGGUUGGUUGCAGCUUUGACGUUAAUCACUCCGACAUUGGGCCUGAUCCUCCUGCUCCCAAUACAUUUAAUGAUAGCAAAAAUGGAUUUGAUAUGGAUGAUAGGCAUUCGGAACCUGGAGACUUUGAUGACUUAGAUGAUGAUGAUGAUCCUUGGAGGCCUUUGAAUCCCCAUGAACCUGGAAAUUUGAAAAUCAAACCUUUUAGAAAAGUUAAAGCUCCUAAAAGGAACGGGGUCAGGGUUAAGCGUGUAUUGAUAUCUACAUUGUUUCCUCCUGCGAGAUUGCAUGGUACGAUAAGCCCUGACCUUAGGAGAAUAUGGGAGAUGCGAAAUCAUGCCCAUGAAAGACAAAAAAGGCGGAGGGAGUCUCAAUCUCCUCCACCAUAUGAAAAGCUGAGGCAACAACUUAUUAGCGAUGGAAAUCAAACUUUUGAUGCCUUCCUCAAUCCAGAGGAUUGCAAUGAGGAAAAUGAAAAUGAUAAUGGAGUUCCUGAUUUUGGGCAACCUGAUGAUGACAUGCCAGAGUACAUGGAUGAAGAUGUACCUUUUCACAAUGAACAGCAAGAUGGAGAUGGUCCUAACUUUGGCGGUGAUGAUGCUUUUGGACAUGACGAUGCAAAUUCUCAUACAAACCUAGAAGAUCUAUGCCGCUCUCACCUAGAUGCUCUCCUCGCAAGCAUAGCUGAAACUGAGAAGCAGAGUGAAUUGGCUGCACGGGUUACUACGUGGAAACAGAAAGUUGAGCGCAACUUGGAAGAGCAAGACUCGCACCCCGAAUUUGAUAUUCACAAGUAUGGCGAAAGAAUUCUCAACAAACUAUCCCUUGAAGCAGAAGAUACGAAUGUCUUGUCAUUUGCUGAUGUGGUGAAAGGGCAAGAGAAAUAUCAUGUGGCUCGGAGCUUUUCUGCACUUCUUCAACUGGUGAACAAUGGGGAUGUUGAGUUGGAGAGAAGUGGGGUGGAUUGUCAGUCUCUCUGCUAUACGACGGCGAAUCCUUUCCACAUUCGGCUCCUUAGCCAUGACAAGGGAAGGGAGGAAGCUUGUUUUCGCUUGUCUAGAAAGAGAGUCAAGUCUCCAGCAAGAAAAUCAUCUAGAAAGGGUGGUAAUGAAAACUUUGGGAUAGACAAAUCUAAAUCUCCCUCGGUCGAUUCGUCUAACUUACUUGGAUCAAGGGAGACACCAUCGCAACCGAAUGGCAAAUUUUCUGUAAAAAAGAUUGGUGCUCUGCGGUGCACUCCUGAAGGAAAGAAGAGAAGAAGGUCUAGGCUUGUUGAGCCUGUUGAUCUACAUUCUGCAGGGUGACACGGAUGUCGUUUUGCGUAUUAGUCCCCAUUGUUUUUACCAUUAAGGAAAUUCUCUUUCUAUAGAUAAUCAAAAACAGCUAGGAGUGAUCUCAUUACUCUGGAUGUAGGUAAAACUAACGACGAUAAAAUUCGUUGUGUAAAAUAUUUAAUGACAUAACUCGCAUGUAAUCAUUAGGUAAGACAUUAUUCUUGUAUUAUUUG